CGCACAGAAUGUCGCGAGAGGCCUCGUUCUUACCGCCACCACACCGCAGAUAUCGAUCAACUUCAAUCCACAGGCGCACUUGAAUCAAUGUCUCUACGUACCUUUUCGGCUUUGCUCCUUCAUGCGGGGUCGGCAGCGAUCAUGUACUGGGGCUUCGACCAGUUGAGCACCUUGCCGCAGGACAAGUUGAUUGUCUCACAGAAGGGUGGUCACCUUCAGUUUCUGACUAUACAAGGGUUGGGUGCGGCAUUCCUAUGCCAGAGUAUCAGCGCGCUGUCGGAUAUAAUGCCAUCAGUUACUGUUCUCGCGAAGCUCAAGCGUAAUUUAUUCAUGAUCGCGAUGCCCAUUGCGGUUGUUAUAUCGUCCAUUUACUGGACCCUUCUGCUACUUUUCCCGGCCCUCAUAUUACAGCGCGAUGCCUCCGAACUCGAACCAACAUCUUCGUCCGAGGUACCCGAACUCCUACGGAUCCCUGUCAGCAUGGAUCUCGCACUGCAUGCAGUUCCCGCGGUGACCCUGCUCUUUGACUUUUACCUAUUCGAGACCAAGUUCUCUUCGUACGAAGUGAAACAGCGAGCGACCAUUGUCGCCGCAACGUGGUGCCUGUGGUACAGCAGCUGGGUCGAGUACUGCGCGAGUUACAAUGGCAGCUUCCCGUAUCCCUUCCUCACGGAGAACCCAUUCCCCGUUCGCUGCGGUAUCUACUUCGGCGCAUUGGUCCUUGCGCUCGCGGCUUUCCGUGGUAUCAACAGCCUGCACCCGUAAGAGGGUGUUCAAGCGAAUUUCUCAUUUGUUUGUUUUGCCCAACAGUAGAUACAUAUGACAUCUCGG